GGUACAACACAUCACGGUAUGUUCUGAUCGUCCUAUGCGAUGCGGAUGGAGCACGCAGGAAGCCCAUUCUCAGCAUGGAGGAGAACACCGUCGUUGUGGAUGGGCUGCCAGAGACUGCGAACGAGGCGGAGAUCAGAGACUUCUUCAACGCGGCGCUCUUUACGAUCCUCGAGCUGGAUCCGGUCGAGGAGGAGGGCGCCCACGCCUUGGAUGCGCUGCCUGUCACAUCCUGCACCCGGGUGCCGGGGGCUCGCUUCGCCACGCUGUACUUGCGGCUCCCGGCGGCGGUGUCGCUGGCGAAGCUGCUGAACGGCGUCGAGUUCCAAGGGGUAGCCCUGCAGCUGCAAACCACAGGGCCCAAAGCGGCCGACAGUCAAUCUGGAUUUUGUCUGGACAUGGAGAAGCUGGACACCAUCGACCCAGUGCAACUGCUCGGCUUACAGGCCAAAAGCAGCACCAAAGUGGGCGCGCGAAAGGCGACAUGGUGCGAAGGCGGCAGCGUGGAGACGGAGCUGCGGGCCAGGCCUUUGUCUCACUACGAGGUGCUGCAAGUGCUGCGUAACGCGGGUCCGGCUGAGCUCCGUGGCGCCUUUUUAAAGCAGUGCCGCGCCAGUCAUGACAAGUCCAGCAAUGCUAUUCCUCUUCACCAGUUGCAAACAGCCUUCAAGACUCUGUCCGAUCCAUCUGCGAGGUCCAGCUACGACCACGGCGCUCCACAGUUUCUCCUGGAUGCCCUUCAGGCGUACCACAUGAAGGAUUUGCGUCCAGCGAUAUUCUUGUUGCGCCACCUGAAGAAGAUGAAGGAAGGAUUGAUCAAGAGGGUGGCCAUGGCGGAGCGGCACGGUGAGGCGUUCCUGGCCAUCACCAAGAAGCUGAGGGCGCAGAGUCGCGGCGCUGAUGUCUUGGUUGUGGCGUCACAGAAAGGACUUCCAAGUGAGGUGUGGAUCGCAGGCAACCGUGGGCAAGCGGAGGAGGUGCAGCUGUUGCUGAGGCACGCGGCGGACGAGGUAGAUGGCCGAAGGGCUCCGCCGGAUGGGGUCGUUCUCCACGUGCCGCCUGCUUUGCAGUCCAAAAUCCCGGACGGGGAAGAGCGCACGCAGCUUUGUGCCUGCAUCCAGGCUGAGACCGGCUCUACGGUCACCUUCUGCGAAGAGCGCAUGGUGGUCCGGGGCGGCAACGUGCCGCGUGCGGUGGCCAUGCUGCAAAACCCGAUCCUCUUCCGGGGCACGGUACGUGCCUUCGAUGGGACUGAGCUGGACGGCUGGGCCUACAGCUUGAUGGCGGAGCAAAACUCCGCGCCGGACGCGCUACUGUGCCCGGAGCGGGAGCCGGACCGGGAGGAAUGCGAGGGGCUGCUGCGGCGCGUGUGCGGCCUUACGUUGCUCAGUUUGAUGGAUAUGGCGGACAAGGUCCUGGACGGCCUGCUUGAGGGCCAGGUGCGAGUGAGCUUGACCGUGAUUCGGAUUCUGGUGAGCGACGUGGUGCACCACGAGGUGGCGCAGCUGGACCUGGCGCUGCGCGCCAAGUUCGUGUCGGGCCUCGUGCGCCUCUGGAUCGCCUUCAAGCUGCAGAGGCGUUUGGGGAAGUUUGCCAUGAACCCCAUUCUGCGGGUUUUGUGGCACGUGCCCAACGUGAUCGGAGCCACACAGAUGAUGGUGGUCCCUGCCAUCACAGAGCAGCUGCAGGCGGUGGUCCACGAUGGUUGGACGCCUUGGGCAGAGGUGUUGCCUGCCAUCAGCGGUCACCUUUGGCGGAUCCUGGAGACAUCAGCUGCGGUGGCGAGUUUGCAGCCCGAUGCAUCCUGGGCCCAGCAGCCCGCCGUGGCGCUGUUUAUGCUGCCCUACCUUUGCAGUCAUGCCUUCCACAUUGCCGCCGCUGGUGUUCAGCGUAAAGUGGCAAACGUCAUGGCGCAAAACCAGUGGUUUGCUCAGUAUGCGGCUGCUAUGGGGCAGCAAGCGCCCACUAUGCCAGCCCCGGGACCUUUGCCAGCGGGACCCGUAUCGCCGCCCCCGCCUCAAAAGCCAGCAAAAGCAGCUACAAAAGCAAUGCCCAAAGAUGGCACAGCUGUGCCUGUGCCACCGCCGUUUCCUGGGCCACCGCCGGUUCCUGGGCCGCCGCCUGUGCCUCCGCCUGUGCCUGCACCGCCGCCUUCGGGGGCCCCAGCACCGCCUCCUGCGCCACCCAGGCCACCUGCAGACCGGAGCCGCCAGGAGCGCAGCACCAGCAGCCGCAGCCGCAGCCGCAGCGCCAGCCGCGUGGAUGUGGCCAAAGACAUCACCGAUGCCUCCCUGCGAGAGGAGCCUGGUCAGGUGACACCUGCGCGGGCCGCGGAAAUCUUGUGCUACGCCGCAUCCAAAGGAAAGCGCUUGCCACAGGUGAAGUGUCAGGGGCUGCUGCAGAAGGCGACCUCCUUCGCCUCGGCCCAGGAGCUGCGGAGCGCGCUGGGCAGCCGCACCGUGAAGCUCUUCCAGAGCCUCUCCGAGCUGGAGAAAGAGAAGACAGGCACCUUCACGGGUUCGGAAGCCCUGCUGUUGCUGAUGCACGCGGCCACCAUGGAAUUCCUGGAGUCCAUGAGCAAGAGCCACGAGCGGGCGCUGUUCCAAGGCCUGCAGCAGGAGCCAUACGCAGCGCUCAUGGGGAAGGAGGAGUGCGGGGUCGCCAAUUCCCUGGCCCAGGCCUCGUUGUCGGAGUAUGCCAUGGAGCAGCUCGCGAAGAUGGCGGGACGGGGUUUGGUGCCCAGGGAGGAGAUGGAGACCAGCCUGCGCCGCACCGCCAGCUCUGCCAAGUCCUUGACAGACAUCACCCACCUCGCCAAGUGCCUGAAGUUUGGGAACUUCCCCAGGACUCUAUGUGUUGAGCUGCAUGAGACCUGUGCGGCACAGAUUGCGCGCACUGGUGGCUUCAGGGCAGAUGUCGCCCGACACGUGCAGAAGUGCACCAAGCUCGGCGUGCCUGAGGCCAUGGACCCUGUUCUGUGCCAUUUGCAGGCCAUGGGCGGCUUGGAGCGCUUCGCCGCCGAGGGCGCGGCGGGCUGUGCGGUGUUUCUGGUGGGGGCGGCGGAGCGCCUGGGCGCGCCGGAUCUUCUGAGCGUGGAGCUCUACAAGGACCUCUCCAAGGUGUCCUUGGGAGAGCUCUGCACCUGCCUCUCCGCCUUGUCUUCUAAGGACUGCCCGGUAAAGGACUCCCCCUUGAAGAUGCGCAUGCUCACAGAGGCCAUCAGCAAGGCGCAGCGCGAGAACGCAGCGGAGGCCAUCAGCGCGCAGCAGGCCAUGGGCCUGGCACAGGCGGCGGGCAAGAACCUCAAGCAGCUGCAGAAGUCUCCGGUCAUCCUAAAGGCUGUGGAGCAGGGCAGCAUCAGCGAGUCUUUGAUGCUGGCGCAGCUCUUCUCGGAGCAGAACUUGGCCUCCGGCGCGGUCUUCGCGGUGUCUGCAGCCCAGCUGCUGCGGCUCCUGGAUGCGGAGCGCGCCGCUUUUGGGGAGGUGCUAGUGCACCUGCGCAACGCUCUGAAGCUUCUGAAGCCGGGCUUGUUGCAGAUGCCGGGGCUCGUGGACAGCAUUGCAGCCUACCAGCCGUUGAGGGACAUCGUCAAGUCAGCGCGAACCAACGAUUUGCUGCUUACAGAAGUGUGCGGCUACUUGCUGAGCCAGCACCACCAGGCAGCUCCAUUCCCACCGGAGCAGGUGCGGAUUCUCGACCAACUGUCUUCCACGAAGCGAUCUUGGACAUUGGAAGAGAUUGAAGACAAGGCUUGCUUUCACCAGGCAAUGCGAGGGGUCAAGAGGGAGCUGGGGCCGCUCUGGCUUGAGGCGUUGCUUUUACAGAGUAAAAGCUGGCAAUGGACAGGAGGGAGGAACUGGGUUCGGAAGCCUAGCAACGACCCGGCCGUGGCACUGGCUGAGGAGCUGUGCAAUGUGCCGAUGCAGAAUCGCGGCCUCAUACCUACGAGGCUGCCUAAGAUAGCCCUGCUGAUGCGCGUGGUAGGCGCUUCUGAGGAGCUCGCUUGCUUGCCGGGGCUGUAUGCCAUCACUGGCAACCACGAUGGACGUCCCGUGUACCAACGCUUCGUCCCGGCGCAAGAGCAGGCGGUGCGGAUCUACUGGUGGCAGGAGGACUCCACGUGGUGGAUCGGCCCAGAGGUUGGCGGCGACUUAGUUUGGGCCUCGAACCGCAGCAGUGGGAGCGUUGCGCCACGCCGCAACUGGAAUUGGGAGGCAAAUGCCCCGCUUGCACAGAACAGCGUCAUCAAAGCCUUCCACGUGGAGGCUUCGACUGAAGCUAAGCCUCCGCCCGUGGUUCGUCCUGCCCCAGAAAGGGAGGGAGCCAACGCGCGGACAAAGAAGAUACUUCUGGUGAAGGACCCUCAUGCCAGCGGCAAAGUGGCAAAGCAGGGAUCCAAGCAGGAGCAAGAUCUCCACACCGCUGGAGCUGGGCACGUCUCUGGAGAGAAGGCGCAGUCUCCAAAGCGACAGCGUGUGGCCGAGGCCUCCGACCCAAAGAGAGCAAAGCACUUGAAGGACGGUGCGGAGCAGCUGAAGAACUGGCUCGCCUCCUUCGAUGGCUCAGGAUCUUUCCUGAACAUGUAUCUGAAAGCGCUCAGCUCGAACUUCGAUGAUCUUUGUCAGGUCCGUGCUGCUUUCAACAACAUUCCGAACGCGCCCCCGCUGAAGCGAAUAGAUCCUGCUUUCUUUACCGUCAUUGGAGUGGAGAAGACUGGUCAUAAGCUUACAUUUGCCAAGAAGAUUGCAGAACUGCAAGCUUCUUGAGCUGUGAGAUGUGCAAGCGCCUCCCCAGAUCACAAAUUUAAUUUU